GAUCAAUUAGAGCCUUCUUAAGUACAAAUGAACCUGCUAAUUGGUACUAUGAAAUAUUAAUUGAUGCAAACAACUGUUUAAAAAGAAUAAACUCUAUAUUUAAACAAUAUGCAACCUUCUAUAAUAUCAACAGACCAACACUAUCUAAUCUAGUUCAAAUACUACUUUCUUUUGCAAAAAUAUUACAAAAUAAUCGAAAUACUACUUUAACAAAUAAUACAACAAUUCCUAACUUAGUAAUCUCAAUUAAUGAUUUCCCUCCUGAAAUAUAUAACAAAGAUCAUAGAUACUACAGAUUAAUAGCUAGAUUUAUAGAACUAAACAACCUAAUACUUUCAAUAUCUUAUGCAUCCUCUAAUAAACAAGAUAAAGCUAUAAAACCUAUUCACCUACAAUUAGCUAAUAUUGAAGACAGUGAUGACAAUAAUAAUGAAAAACCUUACUGGGAUGAUGCAAUAGAUAAAUAUUUUGAUUAUCUAAUUGCAGAUAACUUCAGAAAUAUUACAUACUCUCAGUUUAACAUCUCUAAUGCAUAUAAAGAAAUUGUUAAUCAAAUUAUAUCUACUCUAAAUAAUGAAGAACUUCAAGAAUUAAUCCUCAAACAACUAAUUGCAUUAGAAUAUAAAACUCUAUCCAUAAAUCCUCACUACUCUUUAACUUUAGAUAAUGAUCAAUAUAAAGUUUACGAUAUUCUCUAUAAUACCUGA